UGGACCACCGACGAGCACGACCGCUUCCUCGAGGCGCUAGAACUCUAUCCGUCAGGGCCCUGGAAGGUCAUCGCCGACCAUGUCGCUACGAGAACCACCCGGCAAACAAUGACCCACGCGCAGAAGUACCGGCAGAAGAUCGAGCGGCGG